AUGGGGAAGAUAUGGCACCGGUACAGCAAGUACGGGGAAGAUAUAUGGCACCGGUACAGCUGGUAUGGGGAAGAUAUGGCACUGGUACAACCAGUAUGUGGAAGACAUUGCAUCGGUACAGCGAGUAUGGGGAAGAUAUGGCACCGGUACAGCGAGUAUGUGGAAGACAUUGCACCGGUACAGCGAGUAUGGGGAAGAUAUGGCACCAGUGCAGCCACUAUGUGGAAGAUAUGGCACGGUGCAGCCAGUAUGGGUAAGACAUGGCACCGGUACAGCGAGUAUGGGAAAGAUAUGGCACGGUACAGCCAGUAUGGGGAAGACAUGACACCGGUACAGCCAGUAUGGGGAAGACAUGGCACCAGUGCAGCCACUAUGUGGAAGACAUGGCACCGGUACAGCGAGUAUGGGGAAAAUAUGGCACCGGUGCAGCCACUAUGUGGAAGAUAUGGCACCGGUGCAGCCAGUAUGGGGAAGACAUGGCACCGGUACAGCGACUAUGGGGAAGAUAUGGCACCGAUGCAGCCACUAUGUGGAAGAUAUGGCACCGGUACAGCUGGUAUGGGGAAGAUAUGGCACCGGUUCAGCGAGUAUUGUGAAGAUAUGGCAUUGGUACAGCCAGUAUAG